AUGUUGCCGUUUGGACAGAAACAGCUGGUGUUGGUGCAUGCGAAGCUGGUGAGUACUGGGCAGCAGGAGAGGGACUGUUGUAGUACGAAGCGGGCUGUGAGGGAGAGUAUGUGUGUGAGUGUGAGACCGGAUUUUGCGUAUUUUGAGCUGGAUUAUAUGGAGGAUGUGGAGGAUAGCUGGGCAGAUUCUGCUGAACUGGUGCCCGAGCAGGAAGAGGAGGGGGAGGGGGAUAGGACUGAGCUGGAGCCUGAGGAGGAGGGGGGUACGAAUGAGAUGGGCUCUGUGGAGGAGGAUACGACUGAGGUGGAUUCUGAGGAGAGUACGUGUAAGAUGGACUCUGCGGAGGAGGAUAAGACUGAGACGGGCUCUGCGGAGGCACUGUCGCUACAGGGCCGGGAGUUGUCGAUGCCGGAGCGUAUGAGUACCCGGAAUGUCCAGGCGGCGGUGGACCAGGAGGGGGUGGAUAAUACGGCGCCGGUGCGGCUGCAUUCGGAUACGGCGAUGCAGGAGGAGGCGCCGUUUGGUAUCCAUAAUGAGUUUGCUGCUGGGGGCUCACGUUUGCAUAUGGAUAUUGGGCAUUGCCUCCGUAUGUCUGCGCUGGCUGGCCACUGGUCUGUCUCGGCGGGGUGGGAGGAGGAACAGACCCAUUGCCAUAUCGAGGAGGCAGCGGCGGUGGCUGCUGGUAGUAGCCUGACAUGA